GCGAUACGUUGCAUUACCACCACCUAGAGGUGAACGAACGUGUGCAUUACAUGCGUGACCCGGAAGUUGUUCUUUUGUGUUUUAUGCGAGGCAGCUGCGUGUUAACGAAAGACAGACCAUGGGCAAAUCCAAACAGGUGGGAAACCACAAAAACGGUAGCAAGAAGAACAUUGCUAAGCAAUGGAAGACUAAGCGCAGGACGAAGGACCUUGACCAGAUACAUGUUGAUAUGAUCCCCGUCAAUUCUGUCAAGUUACUAAAGCAAGAGGUUGAUUUUGACGUCACAGGCUGUGCCCAGAAUUACUGCCUCCACUGCGCGAGACACUUUAUUGAUUUGAAAACCCUGAAGGAGCAUUUUAAAACCAAACAUCAUAAAAAACGUUUGAAGCAGCUGAGAGAAGAGCCGUACACACAGGCAGAAGCAGAACGGGCAGCGGGAAUGGGGUCCUACAUCCCACACAAAACAAAAGAGGUUCACACACAGGAGGUCGAGGAGAAUAUGGACUGAAAGAGUAUUUGGCUCUGCCUCUGUGGGAUCUUUACUUUUUUUACAGUUUGUCUUCAGAAUAAUGAUUUAACCUGUUUCACUGUUAUUUCAUGAAAAGGUGUGCAAAAUCUCAAACUUAGACCAGUUUCUGGGAUAUUCUAUGUAAACAAGAAGUACACAUAAAAGAUGUGAAUCACAGUUUCUUGUAAAGAUCACCUACUCCCGCUGCACAUGUAAAGCUGUUAACUGAUGUGCAAUUAUGACAUGAUGGAAAUAAAAAAUUCGCAAUCGU